GACAGGAUCCGCAGCGACCUAGCCUAGCCUGCUAAUGUUAGCGCCGGAGCUAGCUAUGUGUUGGCGGGUGUAAAUGUCUGUAGCAAUGAUCCAUCGUGAAGUUGUUGGUUAUUUACGACUAAAAACAAUAGGCUGGGUUCUACUGAAACACAUGCAUACACUGAAUUAAUUACAUACACAGUCAAAAUCCAGCCUGGCUAACAGUGCGAAGCUAGCAUGCUAACCAUUAGCGUGGCUAAUGUGUACUUUUGGCUCGUACAUUAGCAUUUAGCAUUAGCUUUCCGAGUACAUUCACGACAAACUAGGGCUGACAAAAGAGUUGAUUUUAAAGUUUCCUGUCUGUUGCUGUCGCUAAAAAGUCGACUAAGUCUUGUUUUUUUUUGGGUAGAAGACAACGACCACUUAAGCUCAUAAUGUAUGUCGGGACUCGCUAACAAUCGUGUGUUUUGCUAAUUUAGUAGCGUUGUUUCGAUACCUCCAUCCAUCCCAUCCAUUUCCUACCGCUUGUCUCUUUUGCGGUCGCGGGGGGUGCUGGAGCCUAUCUCAGCUGCACUCAGGCGGAAGGUCCAGUGACAAUGAACGAGCAAGAGGCUGGUGUGGUGUCUUUCGACGAAUAUGUCCGCCAGAAGGCCAGGAGUGUACCCCAGCACAGAAUGAAGGAGUUCCUGGAAUCCCUGUCCAAAGGCCCUGAAGUUCUGCAGGAGUUCAGUCAGCAGGGAGUGGCGACCACCACAGCUAUGGUAUACCAGGAGCAGACCAACAACUGUGUCUACACGGACAGCACCGAGGUGGCGGGUUCUCUCCUGGAGCUGGCAUGCCCGGUUCAAAUCCAGGGGCAGCCGGUUCUGCAGAUGACUGCAUCCUCUCAGCAAGACCUGCAGGGGCUUGUGUCCCAGGAAGAGCUCACGGAGGAGCAGAAACAGCAGAUUCAAGCACAUCUGGUUGCAGCUGUAGGUGGAGAGCAACAGAUUCAGUUGUCAAGUGGUCACCAGAUCCAGCUGCAAGGUACACAGCAGAUACAACUAGCAGACGGCCAACAUAUUCAGCUCGAAGCCGGCCAACAGAUCCAGCUACAGGAUGGACAGCAGAUCCAGAUACAAGAUGGGCAACAGAUCCAGCAAAUCCACUUACAAGAUGGACAGCAGAUUCAGCAGAUACAGCUACAAGAUGGGCAGCAGAUCCAGCUGCCAGGUGGCCAACAAAUUCAGCUCCAAGAUGGGCAGCAGAUCCAGCUACAAGACGGGCAGCAGAUCCGACUACAGGACGGACAGCAGAUCCAGCUACAAGACGGGCAGCAGAUCCAGCAGAUCCGACUACAGGACGGACAGCAGAUCCAACAAAUCCGAAUACAAGACGGACAGCAGAUUCAGCAAAUUAGACUACAAGACGGACAGCAGAUCCAGCAAAUCCGGUUGCAAGACGGACAGCAAAUCCGGUUGCAAGACGGACAGCAAAUCCGGUUGCAAGACGGACAGCAAAUCCGACUGCAAGACGGAGAGCAGAUCCAGCAAAUCCGACUGCAGGACGGGGAGGAGAUCCAGCAAAUCCGACUACAAGACGGGGAGGAGAUCCAGCAAAUCCGACUACAAGACGGGGAGGAGAUCCAGCAAAUCCGACUACAAGACGGGGAGGAGAUUCAGCAAAUCCGAGUACAAGGCGGAGAGCAGAUCCAACAGAUCCAGCUACAAGACGGACAGCAGAUCCAACAAAUUCAGCUACAGGGUGGUCAACACAUCCAGCUCCCAGGCGGACAACAGAUCCAACUACAAGAUGGACAACAGAUCCAGUUAAUGGGAGGACAGCAGAUCCAACUACAAGGAGGACAGCAGAUUCAGCUACCAGAUGGACAACAGAUCCACAUCCAAACCAUAGAGGCCAUAUCUUCUUCCCAGCAACAGAACUCUCCUAGGGAGACUGAGAGGCGGUCCAAUACAAUCUCCUCUGUCCUCCCUCCUGUCAAGAAGCGUAAAGUUGACACUCCCUUGACGGUGUCCUACACUGUCCCGCAGCGGCAGCAAGUGGCCACGGUCAUUGCCAUCCCUCAAGGCCAGCAGCAAAGCUAUGUGUCCCUGAGGCCUGAUUUGCUCACCGUUGACAGCGCUCAGCUAUACAGCGCCACAGGGACAAUCACGGGCCCCACUGGGGAAACGUGGACAAUACCCGUGUACUCCACCGCGCAGCAGCAAGGCGUAACUCACAUCGCCAUACCACAGGAGACGUACAACACGGUGCAAAUAGCCGCUGCCAACGGCAAGCCCGGGUCCUCAGCGAGGUCUGUGGAUACGUCAAGCGGGACGCAGGAGGAAAUAGUACAAACGCUCUUUCCUGCACAGUUUAUGAAUGGAAACAUUCACAUCCCGGUAGCUGUGCAGACCGUUGGAGGGACAUACAAUACAACGCAGUCGGUACACCUGUGGGACCCCAGUCAGAGCCAAGAAGACGGACAUGAACAACAACUGCAGCUUCAGGCCCAAGGAGAGGCAGAUGGUAAUGCUGAACCCACCACAGAAAUUCUGGUUCCAGUCUCUCUUAAGCCAGAAGAAGGCCUGGAGGUUUGGCGCCUUUGGGUAAAGCGGAAAAACAUAGAGCUAAUCAAGCAGGACAGGACAAAGCUUGCACCCAUUGGUCGUCGCCAACCGCUGCGUUUUCAAGAAGACUUGAUCUCCAGUGCGGUAGCCGAGCUGAACUUGGGUCUUUCUCUGAUGACGCAAGAGGCUCGAGGAACAGAGGAGGAGGAAUUUGCUCCAGAUGUUCUCUAUUACGUCUUCCUUUGUAUUCAAAAGUAUCUCUUUGAAAAUGGACGCGUGGAUGAUAUUUUCUGCGACGCUUACUACACUCGCUUCUGUGAGAGCUUACAUAAAAUCCUGACCGGAUGGAAGCCCAGUGUGCAUCAUCUAGGUUACAUCAUUCCCAGUCAUGUGACGGAGGAGAUGCUGUGGGAGUGCAAACAACUUGGUGCACAUUCACCUGGGACCUUGUUAACAACGCUAAUGUACUUCAACACAAAGUGUUUCCGUCUGCUGACCGUGGAGCAGCACCUGAAGGUGGCCUUUUCCAAGGUGCUGCGGCACACCAGGAAGAACCCCACCAACUCCAAGGACAAAGCAACCACUAUCCGCCUCCUCAAAGGGCAAAGUUCACAUAAAGACGACAUGUAUGACGAGCAGGUUGAAGAUCCAGAAAAUCCUCUUCGUUGUCCCAUCAAACUCUAUGACUUUUAUCUCUUCAAAUGCCCUCAAAGCGUCAAAGGCCGUAACGACACGUACUACAUGACCCCGGAGUCGGUGGUGGCGCCCAACAGUCCUAUGUGGUACUCGUCACAGCCGCUGUCCACGCAGCAGCUGGAGCAGAUGUUGGCGCGCAUCUUGGUGGUGCGAGAGGUGCAGGAGAUCAUAGGUGCCGCCUCUGAGAGCUAAAGCGAGCAAGAGACCGCGAGCCAAAGGGAGAUUGUGAUCCUGUCAAAGAUUUCUGACUCUAAACUUGCCGACUCAACAAUCACACGCUAACGAAGCAGUGAUGUGAGGACUCUGAUUAAGUCUUUUCAACAUUUACUCUUCUUUCACCUCCUGCUUUGUGUUCUUCUCAUCCCAAACGUUUCUUGCAGGGACCACUGCUCACCUUCUUUUCUAUUCUGUGUUGAUAUGUAUAAAGUUGACCUGGUGCCUGUUUUCAAACAUCUCUUCAGUUGUUCCCUUGUAGUCGUCCAGGAGACUAGAAAGCUUUUUUUCUCAGGUGGAAAGAUGUGAUUGACACCCAUAAAGACAUUUUUCAACA